GCUGGGCUGCAACCGCGGCGGGGUGGAGCCUGGAGACUCAGCUUGGCUCGGCCUUUGCAGCGUUGCCCGCCCUGCGCGCCUCCCGGCUGGCCUGUGGGGUUUUUUGAAAGUGAAAGUGUCGUCGGGGCGCGCGCAGAGGCGGCGGCAAAGGCUUGCGCGGCUGCGUUAGAGGGGAGGGCAGACAGAGGGGAGCAGAGAGAGAGGAAGGGGCAGGGGCUACCCCUCGGCUCAAGGCGGGCUCUGUUUGUUCCUGUCUCUCCGCGGAGGAGGCGGGGGGAAGCGGCGCUGUUCCCUAGCGCGAGGAGACCGGGGUUCCUGGAAACUGGCGGGGUGAUGCCUUUGGGCCGGGGGGCGGCGGCGGCGCUCUUGCUGCUGCCGCCGCCUCUGUUACCGCUGGAGAAGGAAGACGAGGACAAGGAGGACGACGAGGAGGCGGCGUCUGGGGCCGGGGGUGGCUGCCGCCCGGCGGGCCCAGGCUUACGGGGAACGGAUGCCGCGGAGGAGCGAGCGGCUGGGAGCUGUUGCUGCCGUUUGCAAAAGGACGGCGAGAGCCGCCGAUCGGAGAGGCCGAGCCGGGGAAGCGGAGGAGGAGAAGCCCAGGAGGAGCGGCGGCGGCGGCAGCAGCAGCAGCAGCAGCCCUGAAAUGUAUUCCCCUCUCCCUCCCCUCCAGCGGCCAUGUUAACCACCAGGAAACCUUCUGCCAGUGGAGCCGGUGCGGCUGCGGCUGCUUCUUGCCCAGCUGGCAGCAGGGGAGGCGAAAGCGCUCGCCAGUUGCAGUCUUCCCCGGGGAUCGGAGCCGGAGGGGCCUCCCGGACAGGCGCUGGGACCGGCCCACCAUCCCCCAUCGCUCUGCCGCCGCUAAAGCCCAGCAGCGCCGCCCACACGGUUGGUGGAAAUAAGCACACAAUGAAUGAGCACCUGCAUGUAGCCAGCCAUGGACAGAUUCAGGUCCAGCAGCUGUUUGAAGACAAUACCAGCAAAAGGACGGUUCUAACGACACAACCAAAUGGGCUUACAACAGUAGCAAAAUCAGGAUUGCCAGUGGUACAAGACCGGCAACUGGACAGUGCUCAUAGGCGGCAGGGGAGUUCCAGCUCUUUGAAGUCUGCAGAAGGGACUGGGAAACUGAAAGCCCCUCCUAUGGCACCAGAGCAAGCAAUGAAGCAAUACAUGCAAAAGCUAACAGCCUUUGAGCAUCAUGAGAUUUUCAGCUACUCUGAAAUAUAUUUCUUGGGUCCAAAUGCAAAGAAGAAACAAGGUGUAAUUGGUGGUCCAAACAAUAGUGGAUAUGAUGAUGAUCAGGGGUCAUAUGUGCAAGUACCCCAUGAUCAUAUAUCAUACAGAUAUGAGGUCCUGAAGGUUAUUGGGAAAGGAAGUUUUGGGCAAGUGGUGAAGGCCUAUGAUCACAAGAUGCAUCAGCAUGUGGCCUUGAAGAUGGUGAGAAAUGAGAAGCGUUUUCAUCGCCAAGCUGCAGAAGAAAUUAGAAUUCUGGAGCACCUAAAAAAGCAGGAUAAAGAUAACAACAUGAACGUGAUACACAUGCUGGAAAACUUCACAUUCCGCAACCAUAUCUGUAUGACAUUUGAGCUGUUGAGCAUGAACCUUUAUGAGCUCAUAAAGAAAAACAAAUUUCAGGGCUUCAGCCUGCCAUUGGUUCGCAAGUUUGCCCAUUCGAUUUUGCAGUGCUUGGAUGCUUUGCACAAAAACAAAAUCAUUCACUGUGACCUUAAACCAGAGAAUAUUCUGUUGAAGCAACAGGGUAGGAGUGGUAUCAAAGUGAUUGAUUUUGGCUCUAGUUGUUAUGAGCACCAGCGUGUCUACACUUACAUCCAAUCACGUUUUUACCGUGCUCCAGAAGUAAUCCUUGGUGCUCGUUACGGGAUGCCCAUAGACAUGUGGAGCUUGGGUUGCAUUCUAGCAGAGCUUUUAACAGGUUACCCUCUCUUACCGGGAGAAGAUGAAGGGGAUCAGCUGGCUUGCAUGAUAGAACUAUUGGGCAUGCCUUCCCAAAAACUAUUAGAUUUAUCCAAAAGAGCAAAAAAUUUUGUGAGCUCGAAAGGUUAUCCCCGAUACUGUACAAUUACUACCUUAUCAGAUGGUUCUGUAGUGCUCAAUGGUGGCCGUUCCCGGCGGGGCAAAUUGCGUGGCCCACCUGAGAGCAGAGAGUGGGGGAGCGCAUUAAAGGGGUGUGAUGAUCCCCUCUUCCUUGACUUCUUAAAACAGUGUUUAGAAUGGGAUCCUACUAUGCGCAUGACCCCUAGCCAGGCUUUACGGCAUCCCUGGCUAAGGAGACGUUUGCCUAAGCCUCCAACUGGGGAGAAGACAUCAGCAAAAAGAAUAGCAGAAAGCACUGGUGCUAUCACUUCAAUUUCCAAGUUACCUCCGACUUCAAACUCAGCAUCAAAACUGAGGACUAAUCUGGCACAGAUGACAGAUGCCAAUGGGAAUAUUCAGCAAAGGACGGUGUUGCCAAAACUUGUUAGCUGAGUUUGAAUAAUCUGAUGCUGAUCAAGAUUUUACGUCACUGAGCCUAAUUCAUAUGAAAAAGUAGCUCAGAUUUCUAUUUUUAUUUUCUCAGUAACAUUUGUAUUUUUUCAGCACUCACUUAAAUGUGUAAGAAAAGUUGGUUUUGAUUUUUUUUAAAAAAGUAGCAUGGGGACAAUGCUUUAAGUUUUUAUACUUUUUUAAACUAUGAAACGUGUUUCUUCAAAACAGCAGUUAGCCUUACUAAGGAACUAGUGUGGCACAAUAAUAAUUGUCAGUGGCGGGCCACUGGUGGCAAUCUAACCAUCAUACAUUGUAGCUUGAUAGGGGAAGGGCCCCUUUAUCUGUCCCACCCCAUUGUUCUUAUUGGGUUUUCCCUGCAGGGUACUUUUAAUCCUUCCUAUUUCUAGUUUUUGUUGUGGCAGUAGAUUCCAGUCCUGCAGACAUUUUCCUGCUAUUCUUCCUUUUGACUAUACAGAAAACAUUCAGGGGUACAGGUGAGACUCUGUAUGACUUAGCGUAGAAUUUGCAUCCAUAGUAUGGAUAAUUAACAGAUUAGCACCUAAUACCUAUUAUAAAUAUUUAUUAUAUAAUAAUGGAAAAGUUUAUUAAAUCCAUAGAGGGCUUCCAGGAGAUGCCUCAGGCACAUUAGCCCCUAGGCUCCGUGCUGGUCCCAGAUCCCACUCAGCUGUUUCCUACAGUUGCUCUGAAAAUUACAGAUCAAAAGGUAGACCUGCACUGCCCCACUGGCUUUCUAUGCCCUCUGCUUAUGGUUGGGGUCCAACUGUUUCAAUGCCUGGUUCCUACAUCUUAACUUGUACUGACUUUGUUGCCCAACUAACUAAUCCAUUUGGGACCUCAGGUAGCCUUGCCUGCUGCUGCUUCUGUCUCCUCAUCUCCCAGCUUUUAGGUGCAUUGAUGAAGGCAGCCAAGGUGCUCUUAUAAGAGUUUCUCUCCCCCUUCCACUACACUUGGUGCUCUGCAGGUCCGAAGGCCAACUCAAGUUAGAUCACUUAGGGGCUUAAAACAAUUCAGUUUUACAUGUGCUGCUCUUUAUAGGCUGUGAACAACUACUGUGCUACAUGAAAUUAGGCAUAAGUAUUUAAUCUUUAUAGGGUCAGACUCUUGCACUGAGAUACGCACAGCAGAACUCCUGUGCUCAAUUCAGUUUCAUCCCAUAAAUUUCAGAAUGGGACAUGAGAAUGCUGUAGUCCUUGAUUAAAACUGAGAUUCAAAAAUGAUGUGAUAGGCAAACCCUAUUGGCUCUGGUCCAGAAAUAAUAGAAACCUACUGGAUUAUGUUCCUAUUGGUAGACUCUCUUGCUAAAUCUGGGCCAAGGCCCAUUUUACCAGCUUGGUUCCAUUGUUAAUCUGUUGCACCAAAAACAAGAAAAGGUCUUGUGGCAUAAAAGCUUAUUCUACAAUAAAUUUGUUAGACUUGUGCCAUAACACUUUUUAGUGUUUUAAUCCACACUAGAAUUUCAAGGCUUGGCUCAGGACUAGAAUUACCCAGAUGGGUUGGUUGGGGGUGUGCGUGUGUGUGUGUGUGUGUGUGUGUGUGUGUGUGUGUGUGUGUUCGUUCUCCAAUCAAUUUCCAGAGUCCAGUAAGCUAUCUGAUAGUUCUUCCACAAAUCUGAAAAACUGAAGCCCAGAUUCUACCACUGGAAUUUCUUUCUAAAGCCAUCCCUAUGAUUUUUUUUUUUAAAUCCUUCAAAACUGAUCUAGCAUCCACAUUAUGUAUUUAAAAAAGAAAGACAGGAGGAAGGAAAGCAUAUUAUCAAGUAAUAAUGAUCUGCUUUCUAAAGAAAAUGUAAUGCAAAGCAAAACAUUUAAAGUCAUCUUUUUAAGUGUUCCAAGCCAUGACAUCCACAAUUUGCUUUUUGUCCUCUCCUGGUUUCUUCUGUGUAUGCAUGAAAGUAAGGACUCUUUUCAUUGUGUAUUCAGAAUAAUUGCCUGGUUUAAUAUUGUAUCUUUCAGAUGGUUGCAAAAGUCUUAAAAUUGUUAUUUUCCAGGCAGUUUUUGGAUACAGUCCACUUGGAAGUCUCCGAGAUAUACCCUGUUAAAUUAAAUAGGAGCUGUUUGAGAGCACGACUGUGCUCAUUUAUUUCAGUGGAACUUGCCCAGAAUUUCUUGAUGGGUUGUGCCAUUGGUCUCUCUGAUAGAUUGUGACCUCAAUGAUACAUUGUACCUUGAGUAAGGUAAAAGGUAAAGUGUGCUGUUGAGUCAGUGUUGACUCCUGGCAACCACAGAACCCUGUGGUUGUCUUUGGUAGAAUACAGGAGGGGUUUACCAUUGCCUUUCUCCCAUGCAGUAUGAAAUGAUGCCUUUCAGCAUCUUCCUAUAUCACUGCUGCCCAAUAUAGGUGUUUCCCAUAGUCUGGGAAACAUACCAGUGGGGAUUCAAACUGGCAACCUCCAGCUUGCUAGUCAAGUCAUUCCCCACUCCGCCAUUAGGUGGCUUAUUGUACCUUCAGUAGGGAUGUUCAAAAUGUUUCAAUGUCAAAACAUUUUAACUCAAAAUGGGCUGUUUUGAGUGUCUUGAAACAAAAUGACCUUUAAUUAAAGGGCCUGUUCUGAGCUUGGAACAAAACAACCCCAUUUCAAUUUGGAAUGUUCCGAGCGCUGUUUUGAAGGUCUGUUUUUCCCUUGCUGAUUGGUUUUAUGGUACUGGCUUCUGAUCGGCUUGCAAUCCUAUGGGCGGGGGGUUGGGAAAAGGUUAAAAUUUUGUUUAAAAUCGCCUGCUUGCCCGUUUCUUUUGUGGGUUGGGUGGAAGGUAGCACCCAUCAUGCCCUACCACUCAACCCACUUUGGUGUCCCUAGAAGUUUCCCAUGGGGAACAGUGGGGUAUUUUGAGCUUCCCUAUUCUCUAUGGCUGAAACACUCGAAACGUUUCGAGUUUUGUUCCCUCAAAACAACUGGGUUGACUGCUGUUUUGAUGAAACAUUUCAUCCGAGCUCAAAACAAAAUGCAAAAUCUGCUUCGUGAAUAUCCCUACAAAACAGCCUUCUGAAGGAAAAACUAUUUUGUUCCUCUUAAAAGUUUUAUUUGAGUUUGCUUGCUUUUUGACAAUGAAACCCUAACAGCAAGCUACUAUCUAAAAGUUAUGGCAGUGCUACAUCAUGUUACAAUUGUUGCAAGACCUUUGUACACAUAUCAGGGAAACCUGGACUGCCCAGAUUUCCCAGACUUGUGCAUAGGAGUAUUUAAGGAUGUGGCCACAUUUGUUAUUUCUACAUUUUAUAUAUGUGCUGUAAUAAGCACCAGUGUAACAAAAGGUUUUCUGCAAUAUGCAUAAUAUGUAGCCCUGCCAUUAAUUAUCCUUCGGCUCUGGAGGUAAUUCUUGGAUAUUUACUGGAAUGUCUCAUAGACAUACCCAUAAAUCAAUUAAAUUGCAUCUAUUCUUCUCUUCUCUUCUCUUCUCUUCUCUUCUCUUCUCUUCUCUUCUCUUCUCUUCUCUUCCUAAUGAGAGGGACAUUGCAUAUUUGUUAAAGAAAGACUUUGGCCCUCUUCAGAUAUUAUGAAUGCAAGCAAUGCUCAUAGUUUCAGCACUGAAAGCAGGAAGGAAGUCCCUCCAUGCUACUGGCACUCAUCCCUCCAGCCGGCCCGUCCUGGUUACAACUCCAUUGGAAGGGGGAAGUGCUGUACCUGUGAUGGCUGGUGCUUCCAUAAGCAGCAACCCAGAUCUCCUGAGGUUGCUGCUCAUGGAAGCACCUGCCACCAUUCUUAUGACGCUUUCCUCUUCAGACAAGCAAAGCCAUAAUCAUGAAUGGCCGGCUAGAGUGGGUGAGUGAUAGCACCAGGGCAGGACUUCCUCCCCACUUUCGGCAGUGAAUCCGUGAGUGCUACUUGCAUUCAUAACAUCUAAGAAGGGCUUUUGUCAAAAGUGCGGAGAGGUUCAAAGCAGAGGGGGCUCCUCAUUUGGGGCAGAGGAGCAUUGCCCCCCUCCAAGCCAGCCCCCCCCAUUUUUGCCAGCCCCCCUCUUCUCUCACCAAACAUACCAUCUCUGUCUUUCCCUCUGUGUAUCUUUCUCUCUUGCUUGAAUGUUGCUUUUGCAUUUUCACUGCUUGGCAGUUGAUGGUACUGGCUUUUGGUCUUUUUUCCAAAUUUCUUUGUAAAGCCAUUUCUUCCAUCUUUGGGUGUUCAGUUGGAUCCGUUGCCCCCAAAUGAAGUAAUUGCCAUUCUUAGUCAAUAUCUAAAUUGCAUGUUUAGUGCCUCAGCACCAAUCAGGAUGUGCUUUUCUUUUCUUAAGGGUGGGCAGGGGCUAGCCCAGCCCCUACCCAAUCAGAUUAGCUUACAGACUCAUAUUCUGACCAAUUGCCAGCAAACAAGGUCGGCCCAAUCAUUUGAUUUCUCAGGGUCCUAGGCAGGCGGAGCAGACUCCCUGGAGAUUUGUGUGCAAAAUUGGAGUACUCAGUCUGCAAGCAAACAGAGUUCAGAAUAGGUAGAAGCCCUGGUUACCUGUCUCCUGCCUCCCCUUCUCCACAGGGAAGCCAGCCCUUUUCUCUUCAAUCAAUACCCUGACCAAGCCCUCAGGAGGCAUUGGAUUUCUCUAGCAUUUGCUGGGGACUCUGUUAUUUCCCUUUCCCUUUUUAAAAUGCCACUAGCAAAUCUUGACAAAAUUCAUAGAUCUAGAGAAGGCAGGUGAAAGUGGGGAAAUGUGGACCGGCGCUCCUCUGGGUAGUUCUUUUACUAACAAGCAAGCAGCCUCCCACCUUCCCUCUUUGGGACUUAAGCAAAGCCUCAUGCUAGCUCCUUUCUCUUUCUCUUACUCUCUCACCUCUCAAGGGUGCAAGAGAGAGGGAGGUUGGCUAUGUCUUCCAAAUAAAACAAGGCAUUUUAACUGAAAUUACUAAUUGGACAACUUCAAACUUAUCUUGUUUGAAAUGCGUGUUUUUAGUGCAGGGGUGUGUGUGUGUGUGUGUGUGUGUGAAGAAUUCCGAGACCAUUGCUUUCUCUUCAUGGGGAACCUAACAGGCACAGCUUGGAAACCAGUCCAGUCCAAAAUAGUCAAGUAGCUCCACCACUCUAUAGUCCUUAUGGCAGUUUUUGUUUGCUGUUGGUUAUUUUGUGCGGGUUUUUUGAGAGUGGUAGUAAUAUUGAAAGGAAAGGUACUCGGCACAAGUUCUUUAGACAGGUUUGUGAUUUAUAUAGCUUAAUUUUCUAAUCUGAGAAAGGAUUCUCUCAAGUAAAUGUUGCAUGGAACUGCAGCCAAUUCUAUAUAAUUUAUUCCAAAUAAAGCCUUAAUUAACUUGUUGGGGCUUACUCCCAAGUAACUGCUGUGUGCAUAGGAUUGCAGCCCAAGGACAUACCCCAGAAAUGUUUAUAUUGAAAGAAAAAAGGCUUGCUAAAAAUAAAAAAAAGUAUGCAUGCUCAUAUGUGUGAGAAGAAAGGAAACUAGUGGGCUUUGUGUGCGACCAAAUAAAUUGUGGUAUUUUCAAGUGGUAUGAAACGUGUGUAAGCAGGUGCUAUCUGCAUAUAGGUGCUCAAGAUUCAAAACUCUCCCCCCAAACACACACAUACACAGAGAAAGUUGAUCGUCUUAGCUUACCUUGGGCUGACAAGGAGAGGGCUGAUAUUGCAAGGAGGGGGAGAAAUGGAAGCAGUGCUGAUAGAAGAAGAGGCAUGGGGACUUCAGAGAGAAAGCUAGAAUUGCUACUUUCUACAUCGGACACCCACCGUGAAUAAAUCUAAGCAGGAUUCCUUUACUCACAGCAAACUAAGUGGUAAAUUUAGCACUAAAUUAGCACUGAAUAACCAACUGCCAAGUGUUAGUGUGAAUGAUGGAGAUUUUGGUUGAGACAAGUAAACAACUUUACAGAUGAAGAAAACUGUGCUGAUUCACUUUUUAAUUUGGGGUUGGACUUGCCUACUAUUAACCCCGCCAAUAGUUACCCCGGCUCCCUCCCCUGCAUCCCAAGAAGUAGCAGCCACUACUGGUACAAAGAGAUUUUUUAUUUAAAAAAUAAAUAAUUGUAGAGCAAAUGAAGAGGUGAGACCAAUUUGAAAAUGAACCCAAGAUGGGAUGCCCUUUACAGUCAAGGUAUGCCUGAGAAGCUUGCAUGCAGAGAAGAUCAAAUGAUUGCAGUUUUGUGUUUUUCUUUACCAUAGUUCAAGAAAACUUGGAAGGAAUGAGUAGAUAUUCACAUAGAUUUUUCUUUGUUUGUAUUCUUAUGAUUGUAAAAUGUAAAGUGGUCAUUUUCAAGGAAGGACACCUUGGGCCUGUUUUCUUGUUAUUUUCUGGAAAGACUGCAGUGGGUCAAUCAGGUUAGGGAACUACCAAAUGAAUGUAGUACAGCCCAUUUCAUUCCUUUUGAAUGGAGAGGAAGAAGGUUCCAAGAGCCAAGGCUCUAUACAAAGUUGGAAAUUCAGGAAAUAACAAGUGAACAGAAUAAGAUACAUUUUGUUCUGCAUCAAAAGGUUAUUUAAAGCAAACAAAUGUCACAAAAAUCUAUGUAGCAUCUCUUUUGAACUGAUGAUGAUGAUAUUUGAAAUGGAAAUUUUAAAAGAGUGUAGAGCUUAAAUUAAAAGGAUUGUGGUGGAUGAUAGAGUAAGGGAGGUUUGGUUCAGGUGCAGAAUGUUUCAAUCAUAAUCUUGUUUAUAUGCACAAAUCUAAUGCUGAUACCUGUAAAAAUGUAUUUAAAAUAACUACUUAAAGCAUGGUCCCCAGAGAGGCCAAGAAAGUUUCCGGUCAAUUUCUUUUUUUAAUUUAAAAAUAUAAUGCAAGCAGCUUAUGUUUUUUGUUACCUUUUAUGUUUUGGAAAUAGGCAUAAAUAAAAACGAUGAAUUCUCAGGAAAUCUAAUAAACCUACUUGCCAAAAAACAACAACAAAACCCAUCUGAAGAGAUCCCUCCUCCCAAGUAAUCUGUGACUAAAAGCAGAUGCUUAUUAAGGUUUAACAACUGUAGUUAUUGGCUGAUAUUUAAUCUCCCUUGUUUGCAAAUACAACUCCUUGCACCUAAAUGACACUAAAUUAUUUAUAGUAUUAUAUGUACACAGUUCUGUAGGGUGUGGCUAUGCAGUGUGUGUGUGUGUGUGUAAUUAACAGCUUUGGGAUCUAAAUAACCAUUAGUUCUUCAUCACAGUUCUGAUGCUACUCUUGAUGGGCUCAACAGUGCUCCCAUAAUGCUCUUGUCUGUGCAGGCUUCCCCUUUUGCUUAAAUGGUGAGAGAGUCCACCAGCAUGAAGGGUACUUAUAGAGGAUUUCAUCUUUCAUUCAAGUGAGCAGAGGCAGCUCUUGCAUACAUAGGAGGAUUAUGUGCACAAGAGCACACCUGCUGGACAAAGCUGUGGAUCCAAUAAGAGCCCAUUCACUGUAUGAAAUAAAUGGAUGUGUCCAUUGCAUUUGAAGAUGUUAAAGCUAAAUUGAAAAGCUGCAUAAUCAUGGAACUUUCAUGAUUAAAAAUGACAAAUAUAUCUUUUUCAUAUAACCAGACGUUUAAAUGCCAAUAGUGCGUUUGUGAUUGAUCAUAUUCAUAGAUGCUACCGGAAACUUUUAGGCCAAAAUACAGUGUGCAGAGCUAUUUUUUUUAAUUCUAAUAUGACAAAACCUCCUGUAUACUUUUUUUAAAAAAAACGCAGCCAUCUUACAGUUCUCAGUGAUUUGGUUGCUUUUUUUAAAUUGUAGCUUCUUUAUAAUUGGAAAGGGGAGGGAAAAGGAAGAAAGGAAAGAAUAUUUUAAAGGAUGUUGCCUCUUGUUUUGACAUGAUUUGGUUUCUAAGGGCUCUAAUUAGUUGGGCUGAUAGAUGUUGGCUUGGAAACAUUGCUUAGCCUCACAUGUCACCAUCGUCUGGGGACAUCUGAGUUUCUUUUCAGAAGUAGUAAUAGCACAGUGUUAUCUUGUCUUUGGUUUCAGUCUCAUUUUGCCCAGUUCUUGUACCACGGGAGCAUUGGUUAUUUUACAUCUUCAGUGUGAUGGUACAACAGGGGGACAACGGAGUGCAAGAUACAUAGAAAAGCAGAGGAUAAAAAUUGUGCCCUUGGUGUGAACAAUGUGCCUUUUGUUAUAAACAAUGCCAUGUUGUGACGCAUGCAAUUUUGUCUCUUUAACCCUCUGAAUGCUGUACUAUGUAAUAAGGUUGAAAUCUAUUUUUAAAUACUAUACCUGUCUUAAAUAUAUCCUCUAUGAGCACAACCCACUGGAAGCCUCUCCUUUGUACAUCCCAAAGAAAUGGGAGAGCACUUUAAGAGCACUUUAGUACUCUUGAGUGACUCUCAGUUAUAUUGGUUGGGAGGGGAGGAUUCUGGUCGAUUUUGCCCUGUGUUUUUAAGGCCUUAAUAUAGAUCAUGAGGCAAUCCUACUAUUUCGUGGGGGAUAAGAUACUAUGUUGUAGGAAUUUUCAUGCUCCUUCAAGGGUUAAAGAUGGCACUUCAAAGUAGUUAGUUGUAACCUUAACAUCCAACUGAUUUUUUUAAAGAACUAUUUUUUGUUAUGACAGCACUAGACAGAAUCAACUGUAUUGUAAAAAGGGAAAAAUUACCUCAGAAACUGUUUAAUUUUAUAGUGAGAAUUAAUCCCAGGGCAUUUGGUAUGAACCAAAGUGCAUUCCUUUUCUACAUACCUGGCUCCAAUAAAAGUGGCCAGGGAUUUUUACAGUUUGGGUGCAAGGCACUUAAUGCCACUAUUAUCUUGGUGGAUUGGGGUCAUGAAGAACUCCUGACUUUUUUUUUUAAAGCGCUUCAGAUAUAAGGCACAGUCCUCUAAUGGCGAUUGCUAAGUAUCUUCCAUUGAUUACAAUGGGCCUUGCAUGAAACCAUGUGAAGGCACCAUUGCAAGGAAUGGAGACUGGAUAGCAACUGUGCUUGGUGGAUUGUGUCUAUGAAAGUAGCAACAAUGGGCUCUACUAGAAUCUUUAGGCAAGUGUCGGAUUUUUUUGAUUCUGUCAGUUUUUCAUACGAAUCUUGUUUCUAUCUGCAGUAGCUAGUAAAUAAAAAUGAUCAUUAUAGAUUCAUUUUUUAAAAGAUCAACUUUUUAUGUUGAUACAGAUGUUAGUAUUGCCCACUUGAAAUGCUACGGUAGCAUUAAAAUAAAGCAUUUGUGAAUUACAUUGUUCCUAGGGACUUGUUCAUCUGUACUACAAAAUACAAAGUAAUAUGAAAAGGCAUUAUAUUUACUCAGCUCAACUGCUACAAUUAUGUCGAAGAUGUACCUUGGGUUUGUUUUUCUUUUUUUAAAAAAAUGAGUGACGAUUUAGACACGCGACUGUAAUAUGCUGCAACUGUGUAUUCUGAAAACAUGUGGAAAAAAUGACUGAAUGUGGAUUGUAUAUAGAUGUAUGUAAAAUUUUAUGUGAGAUGCUGCUGUCACAGCCACUUGGCAUUAAACAUGUCGUAGUGGGUUUUAAUCCUAGUGGCCAGUUUUAUGAUACUUCUGUAUUGUUUAGCUGAUGACAGGUUAAGACUGUUUUAGUGAAUAUUUGUUACAUUUAUUGUUGUGGCCAGAGAUCAUUUCAGAAUAAAAUUUUAUGUCCUACAUAA